AUGUACGCAGUCAAUUUACUUAUUGCAACGAUUUUGUUGGUGGGAGUAAGCGCUAGAUUCGUUCCACAGGAAGAAGAUUACAGGUACCCGAGACAUUUACAGUUCCAGCAUCCACGCCUCUUAGCAAGUGCAAGGGUACGUCGACAAGCACAGACGAGCCUUUCUCUCAACAGUGACGGAAGUACUGGACUCGGUGCCAAGAUCCCCAUUGUUGGUAAUGACAAGAAUGUUUUGAGUGCUAUUGGAAGUGUUGGCUUAGACAAUAAGAUGAACACAGCCUCUAAGGGCUUUGGAUUGGCUUUAGACAAUGUCAAUGGUCACGGUUUAACCGUCAUGAAAGAGACUAUUCCUGGCUUCGGCUCAAAGCUGACGGGUGCGGGACACGCAACACUCUUCCAAAAUGAAAACCACAACAUUGGCGCCAAUGCUUUCGUCUCCAAGAAUAUGCCCAAUAUCCCUCAGGUGCCGAACUUUAACACUGUCGGUGGAGGAGUUGACUACACAUUCAAGAACAAGAUCGGCGCUUCCUUAGGUAUGGCGCAUACUCCAUUCUUGGAACGUAAGGACUACUCAGCGAUGGGCAACCUCAACCUUUUCCGCAACCCCACUACGUCUGUGGACUUUAGCGCUGGGUUAAAGAAGUUCGAGACCCCCUUCAUGAAUAGUGGCUGGAAACCUAAUUAUGGACUUACGUUUAGCAGAUCUUUCCCUUAA